AUGGCUCCCGUUAAGUUUACACGCAAAGAAAUUGAGGCGCGGAACCACCGUGAGGAGGCCGCUAUCAUCAUAGACAACGUGGUGUACAACGUGACGGAGUUCAUGGAAGACCACCCAGGCGGCGUGGAUGUACUGCUCAACAAUGCCGGCAAGGAUGCAUCUCAAUGUUUCGCGGACGUGGGCCAUAGUGAUAUUGCAAUGGAGUGGCGCGAGAAGUUUGUCAUUGGAGAAGUUGUCGACGAGGAGCGAUGGCCAGAGGUGAAGCGUGUGGUGCAAGAACCGCCACCCGCUGAGCCGUUCUCGCUGACUUCGCUGCUGAAUGUCUGGGGCCCGCCAUUGGUGCUUGCCGGUUUAGCUACGCUCGUCUACACCUACCUCUUUCCGACGGCUUAG